AUGUACGAAAUGCUCUUAGCAAUGCUUCAUCAUGCUAUCUCCAAGUUUGUUCCACUAGUUAAAGUAGAGUCGACCUAUUCUCACGUUCCUCCUCAUUUGAAAAGAAUGAUCAAACAUCGCGAAACCCUGUGGAAGAAGGCUGUCUCCAUUGGACAAGAAGACCAUUCAUGCCCGUGGAUCGGGGGAAUAGUAUGCACCGAUGAAGGGAAAGCGGAGGUUCUAGCACGACAGUUUCAGAAAUCAUUCGAAACUACCGCCACUGAUGUCAUGGAGGAUGGGACAACCCCUCUUUUUCCUGUCAUGCAGCCAGUAGUUUGGUUUCACAGGGAAGACAUUGUUAAAAUUUUGUCUCGGUGGCCUAGCUCAACUUCGAUAACUCCUGAUUUUCUGCCUCUGAAAUUCAUAAAGAAGGAGGACGAUCUCCGAGAAGGGGAUCUGAAUGGUCUUGAAAAUCGUACAUAUCAAGUGAUGUCCUUCAUGCUCCUAGCGGAGUUCCUCAAGGGGUGCUCCUCCCCCCCCCUACUGUUCCUUAUUUAUACUUAUGAUCUCCUGUCUGGCAUGAUCUCCCGUCUUUCUCCCCUUGGUGUUGUGUUACCUGCUCUAUGUAUGCUGACGACAGUAAGAUUUACACGACUACAUGUAGCACUGAAAGUACUGUGGCUCUACAAAAAGCAAUUGACAUGUUUUUAA